AUGCGUUUUCUUUGCGUCUGUUCUGUGUUCUCAUCAAUCUCAGUUCAACUUCACUGGUCCUAUUGGCCUCCUAGUCAGAAUGGCUCAACACCGAGGUGGUUUUACACCAGUAAAGGACUUUUAGGUUGUGGGCCCGUUGGCAUUAUGGCUGGUGAUGCUAUCAUAACUGAUAGUGUUACCAUGCAUGUGGCAGGUGUACCAAUUGUUAACUUAUCCACCAUCAUAGUCUGGGAGGUCACACCGGGGCCUGGAAAUGGCUUCCAAACAAAUCCGAAGACUUGUAUUACGUCUGGUGUCCUGCCACUUAUCCCACCCAACUGGGUUGGUUCGGCACCUUUAGCUGCAUAUUUAUUUUCUUGGCAACAUUAUUUAUUAUCUCAACCAAAACAAGGAAACGAGGUGACAGACAAAAACAUUAGGGAUGCUGUACCUCUAUUCUGCUCAGCAGUUUCAAAUUUUUCAGCAUAUGUGAGUCCUGAAGCUGCAGCUAAAUCUGCAGCAACCACUACACCGGGUUCUGGUGUAACAGAAGUGGCCAUUCAUUCAACUCGUGCUGGUUCUGUGAUAGCUCUCGCGAUAGUUGAGGGGCCACCUAAUCUUGGCCGUGAUGCUCGCUGUUGGCAGCAUGAGCAUGAGCGGUGGCAAGAUAUUGCAGUGGCUACCAAGUGGCUAUUAGGAGUGUCUCCGGAAAAGAUCUUAAGCAUUGCUUGA